AUCAUUGGACAAUAAGUUUUAUGUUCUUUCAAUGUUUCCAUACCCUUCGGGAAAUCUGCAUAUGGGACAUGUGCGUGUUUACACAAUCAGUGAUACAGUGGCACGUUUCCAGCGUAUGUGCGGUUAUAAUGUCUUCCAGCCAAUAGGAUGGGAUGCCUUUGGUUUACCAGCCGAGAAUGCUGCAAUACAACGCGGCAUAGAACCGAAAGCGUGGACUGAACAAAAUAUCGCACAAAUGAAAAAACAAUUACAGGAUUUGGGUUGCUCUUUUGAUUGGAAACAUGAAAUGUCGACCUGUAGCCCUGAGUACUACCGAUGGACCCAGAAAUUGUUCCUUAUGCUACACAAAGAGGGCUUAGCUUAUCAAAACGAAGCUUUGGUUAACUGGGAUCCAGUUGAUAAGACCGUUUUGGCCGAUGAACAAGUGGACGCCAAUGGCUGUUCUUGGAGAUCGGGUGCGAAGGUGGAAAAGAAACUGUUGAAACAGUGGUUUAUAAAAACCACAGCAUUUGCUAAACAGCUUUUGGAAGGCUUGGAUGAUCCCACUCUUAUCGAUUGGCGCGACAUAAUCAAUUUACAAAGACAUUGGAUAGGAGAUUGUGAUGGCUUCGGCUUUCAAUUAUUAACAUCCGCUUCUACUCUCUUAAGAGUCUGGACGGCAAAUCCGGAGCAUUUUAAGGAUCCAAAUGCUUUUGUUGUACUAAAAACUAGUCACUAUCUAGCAAAGGACAAAACAAAUUCAUUUAGUAUUACCAUUGAGAACCCUUUCACCGGUACCAUAAUGCCGUUAAUAUUUAGUGACGUGCCAACAUUUGCAGAUAAAUGUGAUGUAUAUCUGGCUGCACCAAGUUUUCGGGAUGAGGAUAAGGAAUUACAAGAAUCUUUAAGUUUGUCAUUUUUUGCUAACGAGGAUUUGAAGAUAGCCAAGAAAAAUAUAGAACAAAUGCGACAAGAUGUUUUGGAAACGGCUAAGAGAUUAAAACUAGGCGGUUAUAAAGUAUCAUCAAAACUACAGGACUGGCUGAUAUCAAGACAGCGAUAUUGGGGCACACCGAUACCUGUAAUACAUUGCGACAAGUGUGGCGUGGUACCAGUCCCCGAUGAAGAGUUGCCUGUAAUUUUGCCAGAGAAAUCAAAGAUUGAUCAAAACCGUGAAGAGGCACUAAAAUGUGUCUGUCCCAAAUGUCAAAACCCUAACGCUCAAAGAGAAUCAGAUACUAUGGAUACUUUUGUAGAUUCUUCUUGGUAUUAUUUACGCUUUUUGGAUCCCUCUAAUACCAAUAACAUAUUCGAUGAAAACAUAAUAUCGAAAGCCAUGCCAGUUGAUUUGUACAUUGGCGGCAAAGAACAUGCAGUAUUGCAUUUGUAUUAUGCCCGAUUUAUGAACCAUUUUCUUCAUUCUCAAGGUCUCGUUAAUUGUUCGGAGCCAUUUUCGCGGCUACUAGUACAAGGCAUGGUAAUGGGACGUUCGUACCGCGUUAAAGGUAGCGGACGUUACGUCCAAGAGCAUGAAGUGGAUAUUGUUAAUGCUAAAAAGAAUCAAGCAGUACUUAAGGAAACCAAAGAACCUGUGGUUAUGACAUGGGAAAAAAUGUCUAAAUCUAAAAUGAAUGGCGUUGAUCCUACGGAUAUGUUUCGAGAUUAUGGUACCGACACCACACGACUGAUAAUAUUGGCAGAUGUAGCACCUACCUCACAUAGGAAUUGGUCUAGUGCAACAUUCCCCGGAAUUUUAAAUUGGCAAAAACGUCUAUGGUUAACCAUUAACGAAUUCUGCGAACUACGAUCUUCUCCAGAAGAAGCUAAGAUUGACGUUAAUUCCAAAGAAUUUCAAGAUGAAGAGGAAAAAAUGUUUGAUGCCAGAAAUUUCUAUGUUAAGGGUGCCACAUUCAAUUAUCGCCACACUCAUCAACUAAGUGUAGCUAUAUCCAAAAUGCAAGGAUUGACAAAUUCGCUGAGGCGUGUGCCAAAGCAUGUUAUGCGUUAUAGCAAACAAUAUGAACGAGCCUUAGCGUCACAAAUCAUUAUGUUGGCACCUAUGGCUCCACAUUUCGCAUCAGAAUUAUGGUCCAAGUUUUCAUCUGCCAGUAAUCGGAUAAAUUCCUCAUCAACUGAAUUACAAUGGGACAAUGAUGUUCUAUCACAAAAGUGGCCUGAAAUUGAUCAACACUAUCAACUGGACUUAGCCAUUAAAGUGAAUGGCUUCGAAAAUUGUUGUAUUAAAAUACCACGAAGUCAUAUCGAUAAAGUUACACAUAAUGAUGCAUUAGAUUUGGCAUUUAAUACGGAUUCAGUAACUUCAUAUUUAAUAGAUAAAAAAAUACGCACCACUAAUUUCGUUUUAUAUCCCGGCAUUGAAGCAAUUCUUAACAUUUAUGUGGACAAGGUGAAAGAUGAAAAGAAAACAUCGUCGACAAAAGCAACUGAAGAUGUGGGACACUAGAAUAAUAAA